GCGGACUUUUUUCCUGGAAGAUAAUGCAGUACAACAGUCAUGACAACUACGUGGUGUUCAUACCUCUCACUACUUCUCGUCAUACGGCCUUAUCAGACAUCCUCAGCUCCGAGCCAUCUUGUACUACACAUGUUGGAUGAUUUACGCCCGGUUGAAUGUAUCAGUGUACAAUGUUCCGCUGGAAAACAAUUGUCAUUUUGUAAGAGAAACAGUACAUCAGACUAUUGUCACCAAUGUCCAAUAGGAAGUUCGCAGCCAUUACACGUUGACUCCAGGAGAGUAAAGGACCAAAAGGAUAUACCGAAAUGCGUACGGACAAACAUUGCUUGUCCACCCGAGACGACACCAAUAAAAGUAAAUGGCAAAAAGGUAGACUGCAAGUGUGACACUUCCAGAGGUUAUGUCGGCGAGAACUACAUGUUUUGUCUGAAGUAUACAAAGUGCCCUCCUGGAACGGGGUUUGAAGUCCAAAGCGGAUCAUGCAGUCCUUGUCCCCUUGGGUCGUUCAAUCAGGGUUGGAAUUACGAAUCCUGUAAAACUCACACCAAUUGCACCCAAAUCAACCGAGAAACGAGGUCGUAUGGGAACACAACCAAGGACAGUGUGUGUGGAGAAAUGUUAGAACCGGACGUGAUUACCUCCCCUGUAACACCGACAAGCGCCGUGUUAGGUGAUACGGUAGAGUACCAAGGGAGACCAAAACAAGGAUAUACCAUACACGAGGAUGCAGAUAAAGAUAUGUCACUGAAACAUCCACAGGACUGCCUACUGAUUGAAACCGAGAGGCACAAAAAUGGUAUCCUCACGGUCGUGACCCUUGUUAUGGGCGUAGCUGUUCUGGUCCUGGCGAUACUCCUGACGUUAGUUACCUGCAAGCUCCGCAAGGAUAAACCAAUGUCUAUGAGACUUUGCGAAAGGAUGGCAACCUCUGGGAACGAUAAACCAGGAAUCCAGGCAGAAGAUGACUGUGGGCCAGAAAUGACUUUGGUUUGCUCUGACAAUAGAGAUGAUGGAGUUGAACAACCAGGGACAAUGACCAUCUACCCAAAGAUAAAUGCUGUUCCGUGUAAACCUACAGCCCCGUCAAUGACACCAUCAAUGGACUUGUAGUACCUGGCAUGCUCCACUGUAAUAUUCGUCACAUGUUGAAAUUGCCAAUGAUGUGAAUUUGAUCCGCUAACAACUAUGUAACAAUGUUCGUAAUAAACCGUAGUUGAAUGGGCCGUAUGAAAAAUCAA